AUGGAUGCCCUGUGCAGCUUCAGUGGCCUGGACCCUCUUUGGGACUGGAACACAACCUGGUACACCCCAUACCCUGACCUGACGCAGUGCUUCCAGAACACGGUGCUGGUCUGGACCCCUUGUCUCUACCUCUGGGUCUGCGCCCCCUUCUACUGCCUCCAUCUGUACUGCCAUGGGCGCGGGCGUAUUCCCGUCUCCGUCCUCUGCAGCGCAAAACUGCUACUGGGCUUCUUCCUGGCAUCGUUUGGCUUCGUGGAGUUCUUUUACAUCCUACUGAUGAAAAAUCAGGAGAUCCAAAAUCACAUGGUCUUCCUCCUUAGCCCCGUCAUCCGCAGCAUGACAGUGGUGCUAGCUGUCUGCAUCAUCCAAUGGGAGCGCAUCAGAGGCUGCCGCUCCUCCAUCUUCCUCUUCCUCUUCUGGCUGCUGGCGGUGGUGUGUUCGCUGGUGCCCCUGAGGGCCAAGAUCCAGCUGGCCCUGGAGGAGGGCCUCUCACCGGACCUGGUGCGCUACCUGGCCUUCUUCUCCUACUUCGCCUUGCAGUUGGCCCAGCUCGUCCUUAGCUGUUUUGCUGAUCAGCGGCCCAGUGGGAAAGAGUCCUAUUUGACGAACCCAUGUCCAGUUGAAGAUUCCUCUUUUCUGUCAAAGAUGUUGUUCUGGUGGUUCAGUGGGCUGGUGGUCAAAGGUUAUCGCACUCCACUGCAGUCAGAGGAUCUGUGGUCUUUACGUGAGGAGGACACCUCCAACAAAAUCAUCUCCAACUUAGAGGAGGAGUGGACAUCAGUAUGCAACAAACUCCAACAACAGGAGAAGAGCAUGAGCACCAGUGGGGCCUUGGGCUCCAGGCUUCCGGAACAGGCCCAGCUCCUGCGGAAGCUGAAGAAGGAGCAGAGCUCCGGGUUCUGCCUGCUGCGCACACUGGCCCGCAACUUUGGGCCCUACUUCCUGACGGGAACUCUGUGCAUCGUGAUCCAUGACGCCUUCAUGUUCGCCAUUCCACAGGUGCUCAGCUUGCUGUUGGGCUUCAUGAGGGACGAAGACGCCCCGCUGUGGAAAGGCUACUUCUACGCUGCUCUCAUGUUUGUGCUCUCCUGCAUGCAGUCCCUCUUCAGCCAUCAGUACCUGUACGCCUGCUUCACUGUGGGCAUGAGAGUGAAGACUGCUGUCAUGGGCCUGGUCUAUAGGAAGUCUUUGAUCAUAAGCAGCGCAGCUCGCCGGACAUGCACCGUGGGAGAGAUUGUGAACCUGGUGUCCGCAGACACCCAGAAGCUGAUGGACUUUGUGGUGUAUUUCAAUGCUGUUUGGCUGGCCCCCAUUGAGAUCACUCUUUGCCUCUUCUUCCUAUGGCAGCACCUGGGUCCUUCAGCUCUGGCUGGUAUUGCUACUGUCAUCCUGAUCUUCCCUCUCAAUGGAUUCAUUGCCAAACACAGGAGCAAACUGCAGGAGAUUCAAAUGAAGUAUACGGAUGGACGAAUCAAGUUAAUGAAUGAGAUCCUCAACGGAAUCAAGAUUCUGAAGUUUUACGCCUGGGAGAAGGCCUUCCUGGAGCAGGUGCUAGGCUACAGGGAGAAGGAGCUCAACGCCCUGAAGAAGUCCCAGGUCCUCUACUCCAUCUCCAUCGCCUCUUUCAACUCCUCAUCCUUCCUGAUUGCCUUUGCCAUGUUUGGGGUGUAUGUCAUGAUCGAUGAGAAGAACGUGCUGGACGCGCAGAAGAUCUUUGUGUCCAUGGCUCUUAUCAACAUUCUCAAGACCCCAUUGAGCCAGCUGCCUUUUGCCAUGAGCACCACAAUGCAGGCUAUCGUGUCACUGAAGAGAUUAGGGAAAUUCCUCUGUCAAGAAGAACUGCAAGCAGACAGUGUGGUCCGAGAGCCUUUCAAAUCAGAUGAAGAAGGAGUCGUAAUUGAAAAUGCAACUUUCUCUUGGUCUAAAGACAGCGGUCCUUGUCUGAAAAGGAUUAACGUCAGAGUUCCCCGUGGCGCUCUGGUUGCAGUCGUGGGUCAUGUUGGUUGUGGGAAGUCCUCUCUCUUGUCUGCUAUGCUUGGGGACACAGAAAAGAGAAGUGGUUCUGUCUCUGUUAAGGGUUCAGUAGCAUAUGUCCCACAGCAAGCUUGGAUUCAAAAUGCAACCCUGCACGAUAACAUCUUGUUUGGCCUUGAGAAGAAGAAGAGCUGGUACCAGCGGGUGUUGGAGGCGUGUGCCCUGCUGCCUGACCUUGACAUUCUACCUGCUGGUGAUGCUACUGAGAUUGGGGAGAAGGGCCUGAAUCUUUCGGGGGGACAGAAACAGCGAGUGAGUCUGGCACGUGCCGUCUACAGGAAAGCAGAUGUUUACCUCAUGGAUGAUCCCCUCUCCUCUGUGGAUGCACAUGUGGGCCAGCACAUAUUUGACAAGGUCAUUGGACCCAAGGGUGUGCUCAGAGACAAGACACGUGUGCUGGUCACCCAUGGAAUGGGGUUCCUGCCCCAAGCUGACUUGAUAUUAGUGCUGGUAGAUGGGGAGAUUACAGAGAGCGGCUCGUAUCAGGAGCUCCUGAGCCGUAAUGGAGCCUUUGCCGACUUCAUUCGCACCUUUGCCAGCUUAGAGAGGAAAGGAAGCACCACACAAAAAGGGUCAAGGAAGUCCAUCUCUCGUUUGAGUAUGACUGACUUCAUGCCUUUUUCAAGAGAUCUUUCCCAAGAGCAGCUCAUUGGCGGUGACAGGAACAGUGUCUCAAUACAGAACAUGGAGCAAAUGACAGAUUCAGACCCUGAACAGGUGCCAGAAGACUUGGGGAAGCUAACUGAAGCUGAUAAGGCCCGCACCGGCAGGGUGAAGUUGGAGUUGUACGUUGAAUACUUCCGGACCAUCGGCCUGGCAUUUAUUCUGCCCAUCGUGUUCCUCUACACCUUCCAGCAGGCGGCUUCUCUGUCCUACAGCUACUGGCUCAGCAUGUGGGCCGACGAGCCCGUGGUGAACGGGACUCAGAUCAACACAGAAAUGAAGGUGGGAGUCUACGGGGCUCUCGGAUUUGCUCAAGGGAUCUGCAUCUUUGGAACCACGGUGGCCAUCUCUCUGGGUGGCAUCAUUGCUUCACGCCACCUGCACGUGGACCUCCUGAAUAAUGUGCUCCACUCCCCCAUGUCCUUCUUUGAGUCUACGCCCAGUGGCAAUCUGCUGAACCGCUUCGCUAAAGAGAUUGAUGCCAUUGAUUGCAUGAUACCCGAAGGACUGAAGAUGAUGUUGAACUACUUUUUCAAGCUGAUGGAGGUCUUCAUCAUCGUGUUGCUGGCGACUCCCUUUGCUGCUGUGAUCUUCUUGCCCCUGGCAAUUUUGUACGCCUUUGUGCAGAGUUUCUAUGUGGCCACAUCCUGCCAGCUGCGUCGACUGGAGGCAGUGAGCCGCUCUCCUAUCUACACACACUUCAACGAGACGGUUCAAGGUGCGAGCGUCAUCCGCGCCUUUGGAGAGCAGUCUCGCUUCAUCCAGCAGGCCGACCAGCGGGUGGAUUCCAACCAGACAGCCUACUUUCCUCGUUUUGUAGCCACCAGGUGGCUGGCGGUGAACCUUGAGUUCCUUGGCAACGGUGUUGUCUUAGCAGCUGCAAUUCUGUCUGUGAUGGGGAAAGGAACACUAAGCCCUGGUAUUGUUGGUCUGGCUGUAUCACAUUCCCUUCAGGUGACAGCUAUACUGAGCUGGAUAGUGCGGUCUUGGACAGAUGUUGAAAACAACAUUGUGUCAGUGGAGAGAGUGAAGGAAUAUGCUGAGACAUCAAAAGAGGCACCUUGGACGGUUGAGGAAAAUCCCUUACCCCUGGCCUGGCCCGAGAGUGGGACCAUUGAGUUCCGGGAGUACGGCCUCCAAUACCGCAAAGGCUUGGACUGGGCACUAAAAGGCAUCUCUCUGCAGAUCCAGCAGAGGGAGAAGAUUGGAAUUGUUGGAAGGACAGGAGCGGGGAAGUCCUCCUUGGCGCUGGGAAUCUUCCGGAUUCUGGAGGCAGCCAAAGGAGAGAUCUACAUUGAUGGCGUCAACAUCGCAGAGAUUGGGCUUCAUGACCUGAGAUCCCGUAUUACCAUAAUCCCACAGGAUCCUGUGCUGUUCUCUGGCUCCCUCCGAAUGAACCUUGACCCUUUUGACGCCUAUUCUGAUGAGGAGGUGUGGGGUGCCCUUGAACUGGCUCAUCUCAAGAACUUUGUGUCUGGACUGCCAGACAAGCUCAGCUACGAGUGCUCCGAGGGAGGGGAGAACCUCAGUCUUGGGCAGCGGCAGCUGGUGUGCUUGGCACGGGCUCUUCUCCGCAAGACAAAAGUUCUUGUCCUGGACGAGGCCACAGCGGCGGUUGAUCUUGAGACCGACACAUUGAUCCAGUCCACCAUUCGUAGCCAGUUUGAGGACUGCACCGUGUUAACCAUUGCCCACCGUCUCAACACCAUCAUGGACUACACAAGAAUCAUUGUCAUGGACAAGGGACACAUCAAAGAGAUGGACUCUCCAGCAAACCUCAUCUCACAACGAGGCCAGUUCUACAGAAUGUGCAGAGAAGCUGGACUUGCAUAACUUGUCUCCUCUGGUUCUCUGGCCCUAGAGUAAUGGGAUGUCCCUGUAAGACGAUAGGCUUUUUGCAUCAACAAAAUGCCCCAGGAAAGACUUGACUUUGCGGGGCAUGGUUGUGCCAAGUAUAUAUUGAACCUUUACUCAGGUUGAAGAACGUGCUCAAGAGCACACCGAUGCACACUUAAUUUAGGAUGUGAAGCUGCAGCUUUUUUCAGUCCUCAGAUUGUGUGGUGGGUCUCACUAAUGCUCACAGAGAAAAGAGGGAAAGGACAAGAUGAAGGCAGGUACUGCAGGCGUCACAAUAGUUCUCAUGCAGGAUUUUCAAAAACUUGUAAAUAGUUGUUUGUACUUCAGAGAGACACAGCUGAGCUGGGGUGACUCCAAAACAAUUGUAAGUAUUAAUGAAUGUGAAUAAUAUUAAACAAAAUCUAUUUUACAUAAGCCUUACUUGUAGAGCUAUGAAGCAUUUCAUGAAGACCACAUUCCAUAGAUUGGAGUUGUAGAAUCCUGCCAUAUCUGACAACUCUGUUUCUGUAGAUUCACAAGGUCUUGUGAUAAGAGAAACUGGGACAAAUAUGUUUACUGACAUACUGCCUCACAAACCUGACCUGGAAUAGACUGACUUGAGUCGGACUCAACUCAAACCAACCAUUUAGUAUUUUAAGGGAAAGGCGUAUAGAAAAAGGCCAAGAUUCUGGUCUCCAAGUAUGUUGUGGUGCUUUUUUUAUUUUAGGCAAAACAAACAUAUACAAUGGUUGACUUGGCUGGAAAGGUUGGCAAAAUAAUAUCCUGUUGUACUUAGAAUUUACAAUCAACAGACUUGAUUUAAAAAAAAUCAUAGCAGGUUUUAACAAGAAUGAGAGGCUGUGUUACUGAUACCACAGUCAUUAAAACAGACUUGACAAGAGACAGAAGAAUCCCAUGUAUUAUAAACCUCAAACUAUUUGCAGUAUUUCUCCUUGUUUUGUUAACUGCCUUCCUCUGUCAUGUUUUAAAGAGGGACUGAGCUUCUGUUACUGUUUAAUGUUGUCUAAACUUGUAUUGUAGUUGUGCAACACAGGCUAUGGAAUGGGAGAAGAUUUGUUAGUCUUAUUGGUAAAGACAGAAGCUACACAAUAUUUUGUUAUAUAGGCUAGUUAAAACUGAAAUGCCUUUUAUAUACCAUAACGCUCUGGGUUGUAUUUUUAUUUAUACUUUUUGGAAUAUAUUUAAUCUGUACAUUUCCUCAUGUUUAUAUUUUUAAUUCUCUGUGGGAACAAAUAAAAAAUGUUGGAAAAUAUUUUUGUGAAUUAAGGUGUUUUUCAUUAUAUAGGCUUAUGUAAUGCUGGUCUUUGAGAACUGUUAAAAGCGCUAUAAAGAUGUGAUGUAUUAUUAUUAUUAUUAUGUUAACUCUAUAGAUGAUGCCUACUACCUGGCUAUUGGUCAUUUUGAUAAGUUCAGUAAUUCACCUUUAACUACCUUGCUU